GACCGGCAGCACAAGCAGACACGGGGCGGACUACGGACUGACAGUUUCAAAAGCAACCAACCCUACCCACCAUCAUGCCACCUGCACUCUCCUCAGCGAUGACCAUGAAACGUAUCCACCGCGAGAUAGCAGACGUCCAGAAAGAAGACCUGGGCGCUAUUACUCUCGCUCCUACACCGGCAAGCCUAUAUCGUUGGAAGGGUACUAUUCCAGGGCCCCAGGGAAGUCCCUAUGAAGGAGGUAUAUUCAAUAUCGACAUACAACUCAAUCCCGACUAUCCGUUCACUGCCCCAAAAGUCACCUUUGCCACAAGGAUAUACCACAUGAACAUCUCCGACAAGGGCGGAAUUUGCAUAGACAUCCUCAAACAGAACUGGUCUCCAGCGCUCUCCCUCUUUAAAGUCAUGCUUUCGCUGUCGUCGCUGCUUACAGAUCCGAACCCCCACGACCCUCUAGUACCUUCUAUUGCCACUGAGUACACGCGAAAUCGGCAGCAACACGAUCGCACCGCAAAACGCUGGACAGAAUUAUACGCUCGCCCGCCUCCUAUCCCACCACCUGCACCAAUUCCUUCAACAUCCGCCACAGCAAGACCGGGGACCACUGCCAACGGUCGACCGAAAUGCAAGGGAAGAGAAAUCCCUCUGGCAAUGCCUACGUCGAUAAACGCGAGCUCUGGUAGUGCUACUACGUCUACGCUAUCAUCUAAUCCUGAAACGAUUACCAUCGGUGAUCAGGAUGUGCGAGUUGGUUCUGCCUCGUCGAAUGCGACCGUCGCAGGGAGAAAACGACCGAGAGAGGUGGACACUAUUGAUUUGGUAGAAGAGGAAGAGCGGGAGAGACGCAUAACGAGGAGUAGGACGUCGGGAUCCGGGUUGCCUGCGGACCCACUCGCGUCGGGCGACGUCAUUGUUAUUGACGAUUAACUGUGACAUAGAUGCUCAUCGUCACCAUCGUCUCUGCACCCCCAUCAAGCUUGGUUGUACAUAUAUAUUUAAAGUGGGAUUAUUGGUGUGCUGUCAUCCUGGGUAGCGUUCCGAUUUUGAAGACGGUCUCUUCCCGAGUACAUGGCGUAGCUACUAGCCCCUGUAUGAUCGCACCCCUCUCUGGGUGGUUGCCGAUCACUUUUUGCCUGUCCCACCGUGUACAUAUACAUUAGUAUC